CAGUCACUCGUUUUGCCGUCUCUCACUUUCUCGACUGCUCGAUAUAUACUAACAGAAUCUCGAAGAAGAAGGAAGAGUAUACCGGCAAUGGCACUUCGAAACCUAGCCACCCGAAAAUCCCUUUCCGCCACCGCGCAAGCGUUCCGGCAGCAGCUGCGCAGCUUGCAGACCGCCACGCUUCCUGAUCUUUCCUAUGACUACGGCGCCCUGGAGCCCGCCAUUAGCGGAGAGAUCAUGCAGCUUCAUCACCAGAAGCAUCACCAGGCCUACGUCACCAACUACAACAAGGCUCUCGAGCAGCUCCACGAGGCCAUCAGCAAGGGCGAUGCGUCCGCCGCCGUCAAAUUGCAGAGCGCCAUCAAGUUCAACGGCGGAGGCCAUAUAAACCACUCAAUUUUCUGGAAGAACCUUGCCCCUAUUCGGGAAGGAGGUGGCGAGCCUCCGAAGAGUUCUUUGGGCUGGGAGAUUGACAAUCACUUUGGCUCUUUAGAUGCUCUGAUACAAAAGAUGUCUGCAGAAGGUGCUGCUGUACAAGGUUCUGGCUGGGUGUGGCUGGGUUUGGACAAAGAGCUGAAGCAUCUUGUGGUUCAAACCACCCCAAAUCAGGACCCUUUGGUUACUGUAAAUCCAAACUUGGUUCCUCUACUGGGCAUAGAUGUUUGGGAACAUGCAUACUACUUACAGUACAAGAAUGUGAGGCCGGAUUACUUGAAGAAUAUAUGGAAAGUUGUGAACUGGAAAUAUGCAUGUGAGGUUUACCAACAAUUUACCCCAUUGCCUGCAAGCAGAGACUGAUCACACCGGGUGAUACAACACUCAUCAAGGUGCCCAAAUUUCUUUAAUUCCGUGGGAUAAAAUAAUGCUAAGUUAACUUUGCUUCGGCUUUCUGCUGAAGUGUUGUUGCUUCUGUUUUCUGUGUAAUGGUAAAUAAAUUGUUGUAUUUGUGGAUUUUGUUGCUUUUAGCACACUGUGAUGUGAAACUUAUCACUUCAACAGAGUUAAAAUCGAAAAAUGCAGGAGUUUUUCUGCUA